AUGAAGGUGAUGAAAAUCUUAAUAUCCCUCACCAUCACCAUGGCGUUCGCCAUAACUAUCAUCACCACCACCACCACCACUACUGAUAUUACGGGGGACAAAAAAGCACCAAUUCCCACAUUGCCCCCGUUGAAGAGAAAAUUAGUAGCAAGUCGUUUUCUCGCGGAACAAGAGAAGCCAAAAAAUCCUAGAGCAGCCGAUCACUGCCACAAGGAUAACGAAAUAUGUACCACUCUUGAAAUUGGCGGUACAAACACAACAUGCUGCAACAAUAAAUGUAUCGAUCUAUUGUACGAUGACCAUAAUUGCGGUGCAUGCAAGAAGAAAUGUCCGUUUACGGAGACUUGUUGUAGGGGUGAAUGUGUAAAUUUGUCUUUUGAUAAAAGGCAUUGUGGAUAUUGCAACAACAGGUGCAUGACAGGUGGAUAUUGUUUUUAUGGAAUGUGUGAUUACGCCUAA